AAGACCCUCUAUAGCUCCAGGUCCCAGCAUCAUCACGUCACAAGCUUGUAUCACCUGCGCAGUCCAUGUCUUAACCAAAACCCUCCCCUUCCAUCCUCUCCCCUUCAUCCUCACAACAAACUCCAAAAAUGACAACAAAGGGUCUUUGCUUAGUCGCCGCCACGGCCGCCCUCCAGGGCGUGUCAGCUCUUCAGAUCCCUCUUAACCUCCAAGUCCCCAAGCUCUCUUGGAAUCUCUUUGGUGACGAUCUUCCUCUGGUAGAUACCAAGGAAUUGCAGAAGAGCAUCAAGCCUGAGAACCUUGAGGCUAGAGCAAAGGAUCUGUAUGAGAUUGCCAAGAAUGGAGAAGAGGAAUAUGGACAUCCGACUCGUGUCAUUGGCAGUGAAGGCCAUCUCGGUACACUGUCAUACAUCCACGCUGAGCUCGCCAAGCUAGGCGGCUACUACUCCGUCUCGAACCAGCAGUUCCCCGCUGUUUCGGGCAAUGUCUUCGAGUCGCGUCUCGUCAUCGGCGACUCUGUUCCCAAGCAGGCAUCGCCCAUGGGUCUGACUCCUCCGACUAAGAACAAGGAGCCCGUCCACGGAACGCUUGUCCUCGUCGACAACGAAGGAUGCGACGAGUCCGAUUAUCCCGAGGCCGUCAAGGGCAACAUUGCUCUCAUCCUUCGUGGAACGUGCCCCUUUGGUACAAAGUCCGGCAAUGCUGGAAAAGCGGGUGCUGUCGCUGCCGUUGUGUAUAACUAUGAGAAGGAUGAGGUUCAUGGAACUCUCGGUACUCCUUCGCCUGACCAUGUUGCUACUUUUGGUCUGGGCGGUGAAGAGGGCAAGGCUGUUGCCAAGAAGCUCAAGGAUGGUGAGAAAGUUGAUGCUAUUGCCUACAUCGACGCUGAGGUCAAAACCAUUUCCACCACCAACAUCAUUGCCCAGACUCGUGGUGGUGAUCCCGACAACUGUGUUAUGCUCGGUGGUCACAGCGACAGUGUUGCCGAGGGCCCUGGUAUAAACGACGAUGGAUCCGGCAGUAUCUCUGUGCUCGAGGUCGCUGUCCAACUGACCAAGUACCGCGUCAACAACUGCGUCCGCUUUGCCUGGUGGGCCGCUGAGGAAGAAGGUCUUCUUGGCUCCGACCACUACGUCUCCGUUCUUCCUGAAGACGAGAACCGCAAGAUUCGUCUCUUCAUGGACUACGACAUGAUGGCCAGUCCCAACUUUGCCUACCAGAUCUACAACGCCACCAACGCCGAGAACCCCAAGGGUUCUGAGGAGCUGCGUGAUCUGUAUGUUAACUGGUACGAGGAGCAGGGUCUCAACUACACCUUCAUCCCCUUUGAUGGUCGCAGUGACUACGAUGGUUUCAUCCGUGGUGGUAUUCCCGCUGGUGGUAUCGCCACAGGUGCCGAGGGUGUCAAGACAGAAGACGAAGUCGAGAUGUUUGGCGGUGAAGCCGGUGUCUGGUAUGAUAAGAACUACCACCAGAUCGGGGAUGAUCUGACCAAUGUGAAUUACACUGCGUGGGAGGUGAACACCAAGCUCAUCGCCCAUUCCGUUGCAACAUACGCCAAGUCGUUCAAGGGUUUCCCCGAGCGAGAGAUUGAGACGUCUGUGCAGACUUACUCUGACAAGACCAAGUACCACGGUAGCAAGCUCUUCAUUUAAGUAUCGAGUAGCAAGUAUAGCACAAUGAGUAAUGGGUGAUUGAUUAAUUUGAAUGGAUAUCUCUACGUUGAAAUUGCAAAUGCCUAGCUAAAUCGACUCCAAGUGAAACGAAUCAAGAAACAAAAAACAUCAUUACACGUAAUAACCGUUUGGUAAAAUGCCCGUCUAAGCCCCCAACCGGUCCUGUAGCCAUACAUGGCUUGAAAUGCCUCGCACUAUUUCCCACCUAAACACCGACUUUGCAAGUUUUCAUCUGAUAAGAUGAUUAUCCGCUAGGGAUAGAUUGAUAGUUACUGAUUGAUGAUGGGUCUCAUCGUGCUGAAGCGAGAUCAUAUGGCGUUCCCAUCAAGACACCACCCGUUGGAAACUCACAGCUUCCGGUCUGCGAGGGGAUCAUCUCGGUGUAGUAUUCAAAAUCAUCACGAAGCUCCCUCAGCUCGAUAGGCAGAAUGACCUUGGAUAGAGCCUUCGGGGUGGUGAGCUUUGAGAGGGUUCCGGAGUAAGGGGCGGGUCUGUGCCCCACAUUGGCGGGGGUGAUCUCGGGGCUAUCGGGGGUCUGGGCUCCCGGUCCCGUUGUCUUGGCAGCCGAGGAUCCGGGGCGACUCUGUCGUAAUCUAGCAGAGAGGUUGACGUUGAAUGUGAGAAGUCUCGCAACGCGAUGCGCCAGCUCGUCGCGACUGUUCUUUGCGUCCUUUUCUCCCGGACUUUUUGGCCCCCGUCAGCAAAAAUUGUACUUGUUCAUCUAGCGGUCCGUGUGCCGUGUCGCUUAACUUACCAGUUCACUAUAGUCAUCAUCAUAGCAUACGAAAGAUUAUGCCAUCUCAACCUGGCACACAGCGCCUUGAUCCUCUUCUCGAACUGCUUAGCGGCAUCUUCAGGCGUAGACCUAUUGGACUGCUCGUCGAGCGCACAACAUAGCGACGAGAGGCGGGUGAAAGCGAGGACGGUGUCUGUGAGGGUCGCGACGAGGGUGUCGAGAGAGAUCCAGGCCGCGCGGGCAGGGAAGGGGAUCUGGUUGUUCUCGAUGAGGUUGAGGGUCUUGUAGAAGGCGUGGACGGAGGAUCGGCACUCCUUGACCUCGCGGAGGAGGAUGUUGAGGAUGGCGGUGUCGUGCUGUGGUGAGAUGUUGAGGUCGCUGAGGAUGUCGAUGGCAGCAGCGCCGACGUCGAGAAGGCCUGUGAUGGCUGUUGUGGUAGGGAGGCCGACAACGGCGGGAUCCAUGUCCAUGUCGGCCUGCAGAGCGGAAGGCAUCUAUCGCGGUAUCAUUCAAUACUGGAAGUGUUAGGUAAUCAAUUGUCGAAAGAAGCAAAAUGAAUUGAUCUGUAGUGAGUGAGGCUCAAAUCAAAUGCAGAUGUAAGUGAUGUAAAUGUUAAAGGGUCCUGAAGUAGACGGGAUGGAAAUUCUUGGCAGAGGCUUCUAGGCCCCCUUUGGCUUAAAUGGAAGUUCGAGCCAAGCCCCCCAGGUCCAGGUCCAGGUCCAGUUCAGUUACAAGAAUUUGUAAAUGGGGGAGCACAGCGCGAGAGAAGCGAGAGAGCGGGAGGGGGUGGUCUCUAAAAGCAGGAACCGAAAAAGAGCGAAGGGCAGGGGAACAACAGAUGUAUUAGGUAGAGGUAAGCCCCAAGGCUGGGGGACGUAUUAUUUUUAGGCGCAGGCCAAGGGGAGAAAAAGAGCGCGAAAGUCUGGAAGAGAC